CGCUAGCCAUUCGCCAGCCAUUCUGCUGACCUAAAUGCAUGAAACAGCAAGUUCCGUUUUCGGCGACGGUGGGCUCAACUGCGAGGCAGGCUUUGUUAUUAAUUUCACUUUGAUAUUUACUUAUGUCAACAACAAGAUGAAAUGAUAUUGUAGGAGUCCAAGCCAGCUCACAAGGCAGUGUAAAAAGUCUUGUCGCCGGAAUCGUGGUGCGCUGACAGCAAAUCUGACGGCGAUGAGCGCUUUCGGGGCGCCCUGCUAUGGGGCUAGCCUCGUGGAUGGAGCUGCGCCGCGGCUGCCAGCGGGCGCGUGUUGGGUGGCGCUCCCGCCCGAGGCGCUGACGGCGGCCCGCAUGGCUGCGGGGCAGGUCAUCCUGAUCGGGAUCAGUGGUCGCAUCGCUCCCUCUGCCGGCGCCGGCGGCGCAGCCGCGCUCAGCCCCGGGCCCGCGGCCCGCAGCCCCGGCCCCUCCACCCCUGGCGGCGCCUCCUCCUUUGGCCCGGCCCCUGACUACCUCACAGCCGACUCAGCCACCGGCGCGCCGCCGCAGUCGCAGAGCCUGUGGCGGCUGUGCAGCCGGCGGCUGGGCCUCGCAGGACUCACGGACCGUGCGACAGCUGUAGCAGCUUCCGCGGUGGCGGCCGCGGCCGGCAUCGGGGCGGGCAGUAGCAGCAGCAGUAGCAGUAGCAGCAGCAGCAGUGUAGUGACACUGGGAGGGCACCUGAUGCCGGCGCGGGUUUGGCCGGCCUCCAAGCUGCCACGUGGCGCCGCCCUCCUCAGCCCCGCGCUACGAGAGGCGGGUGGGCAGCCGCCGGCAGGCACCGUGCUCCUGUUCUACAGGCCCUCCGCCGCUGCCGCCGCGGCGCUAGCCGCCAGUGGCGGCGGCGCCGCCGCCGCCGCGGCCGCGCCACCGUCGUCGCUUCCAUCCACGCCGGUUCCAGGGGCGGCGGCGGCGGCAGUAGCAGGGCAGCCGCUACCGGCGGUUGGUGUGGCGGGCACACUCGUGCUGCGGCUGUGCGGCGAUGCGUUGCUACAGCCGCCGGUCAGCGGCACGCCCGGGGCUGUAGCAGGGGGGAAUGACGGGGAUUCAAGCAGCAGUAGCAGCAGCAGUGCUCCGGUCACGCCCGUCCGCACGCCGGCGGGCAAGGCCGGCGCCGGCAAGAAGCCUGCAGGGACCCCUGCUACAGCUCCGGGCAAGGGCGCAGGUGCCGCGGCAGCGGCCGGCGGCAGUAGCAGCACCAGCGGCGGCGACACGGCAGUAGCAGCAGCCCUGGGGCCGCUGCAUCAGUGGCCGCUGGAGACGCUGCGCGCGGCGGCGGCGGCGGCGGACGACGGCACGCGCGGCGCGCUGGCGGCCGUGGCACGCCGCCACCUGGCCGGCCGCCACGUGCUGGCGGGCGCGCCCGUCGUACUGCCCGUACUUGGAUCCAGCGCCGUACUAUCAGUGGAGGCGGCGCUACCGGAAGGUGCCUUGGCGGCGGCGGGUACGGCGACGGCGGCGGCGCCACCGCCGGUCUUGUCGCCACUGGCGGCGCUCGAGGUGUCCCGUGGGACCAAUGUAAUCGUGUUGUAUCCCGGAGAGCCGCUGCCAGUCGAGGUGGCGGCGGCGCUGGCGGUGGCGGCGGGGCCAAUGGCGGCGGCAGCGGCGUCGCCGGGACCAGGGCCAGUGGCGGCCACAGGCGGCGGCGGCGGCGGCUCGCUGGCUCGGAUGGUGGCGGUGGCACGGGAGGCGGCGGUGGCGGCGGUGGCGGAGAGUGCGGCCGAGGCGGCGGCGGACGCGGCGGAGCGGGCGCUUCGAGCGGGCCACGCCGCGGGCGGUGUGGACGUACGGCACCUGGGCGGCGUGGGGCCGCACCUGUCCGCGCUGAGGGAGCUGGUGGCGCUGCCGCUGAGGGCGCCGCAGCUGUUCACUCACUACGGCAUCCGGCCGCCCCGCGGUGUGCUGCUGUACGGCCCGCCCGGCUCCGGCAAGACGCUGCUGGCUCGGGCGGCGGCGGCGGACGCGGGCGGCUGUGUGCUGCUCAUCAACGGGCCAGACGUGGUCAGCGAGUACUAUGGCGAGAGUGAGUCCAGCCUCAAGGGCAUAUUCGCCGCCGCCACCGCCCUGGCACCCAGUGUGGUCAUCAUCGACGAGGUGGAUGCGCUGGCGCCCGCAAGAGGUGGCGGCGGUGGCAGUGACGUGGCCUCCCGCCUGGUCACUGCCCUACUCACACUGCUGGACGGAGCCACAGACACCGCCGGACAGCCGCACGCCCCCGCACCCCCCUCCGCCUCCUCCUCCCCCGCCACCUCCUCCUCUGCUACAGCCGCUGCCCCUGCAGCUACAGCCUCUUCCGGCAGUAGCACCAGCACCAACACCACCGCAGCCGCCGCCGUCGCGGCGCCCCGGCAUCGGCCGGUGGUGGUUGUGGCGGCGACCAACCGGCCUGACGCGCUGGACGCGGCGUUGCGGCGGCCGGGGCGGCUGGAGCGGGAGCUGGAGGUGGGGGUGCCGGGGGCGGCGGCGCGGCGAGAGGUGCUGCAGGCCAGGCUGCGCGGCGUGCGCCACGCUCUCAGUCCCGACCAGGUGUCUGACCUGGCGGCGGCGGCGCACGGCUUCGUGGCGGCUGACCUGGCGGCGCUGGUCGACGAGGCGGCCAUGUGCGCGCUGAGGCGGCUGGCGGCGGCGGCGGCGUCGCAGCAGAAGGCGGCGGCGCAUAAGGCGGCGGCGGCGGCGCAGCAUGCGCCAGGGGAUGAGCAGGAGCAGGGGACGGAGGCACAGCAGGAGGCGGUGGUGACGCUGGCGGACUUCAAGACGGCGGAGACGCGCGUGCGCCCCAGUGCGCUGCGCGAGGUGGCUGUGGAGGUGCCCCGGGUGCGCUGGUCCGACAUCGGCGGCUUGCAGGCGGUGAAGCAGGCGCUGCAGGAGGCGGUGGAGUGGCCACACAGGGCGCAGGCCGCGAUGGCCCGUCUGGGUGCGCAGCCGCCCCGCGGUGUGCUGCUGUACGGCCCGCCCGGCUGCAGCAAGACGCUGCUGGCUCGGGCGGUGGCGGCGGAGGCGGGCCUCAACUUCAUGUCCGUCAAGGCGGGUGAGCUGGUCAGCAAGUACGUGGGCGAGAGCGAGAAGGCCAUCGCCUCUCUGUUCGCCCGCGCCCGCGCCGUGGCCCCCUCCAUUAUAUUCUUUGACGAGCUGGAUGGUCUGGUCGGGUCGCGAGGCGGACCAGACCAGACGUCUGCCGGCGGCGGCGGCGUGAGCGAGCGCGUGCUGAGUCAGAUGCUGACAGAGAUGGAUGGUCUGGUGGACCGCGGCGGCGUGACGGUGCUUGCCGCCACCAACAGGCCGGACUGUGUGGAUGCGGCGCUGCUGAGGCCCGGCCGCUUCGACCGACUCAUCUUCGUGCCGCUGCCGGACAAGGAGGCCAGGGCGGAGAUCCUGCGUGUGCACCUGCGCCGCACGCCCACCGCCGCCGACGUGGACGUGCCGUACCUGGCCACCCGCACCGCCGGCUACAGCGGCGCCGACCUGGGGGCGCUGGUGCGGGAGGCGGCGCUGGCGGCGCUGGAGGAGGACCUGCAGGGCGCCACGUGUGUGGCGGGCCGCCACUUCGCCGCCGCGCUGGCCGCCACGCAGCCCAGUGUGCCGCCGGGCGCACACCUGAUGGCCGUGUACGGCAGACUGCAGCGCAGCGGCGGGCUGGGGCCGGCGGCGUAGCGUGGCAUGGGGUGGCGUGGCGUGGCGUGGGCUGGCGUGGGCUGGCGGCGUCGCUGGGACCGAGGAUGCUUCCGAAACUGAAUGCGCACGGUGUCGGAAGAGGCUGGCGUAGCCGCGGCUGAGACCGGCGGCGCAGUGCAGCGUAGUGUGGCGUGGCGUAGCGGCGGGCUGGGACUGGCGUGUGUGAUGGGACUGAGCCUAGCGUGUGCCGGCGUGUGCUUGGGUGUGUUUGGGUGUUUUGGGGAGGCUGGGGUUGCUGUGUUGCUGUGCAUGCGGGCGUGGCGGCGAUGAGCGCCAUGCCUGAGAUGUGAGUCACACCAUUUUUGCGUGUACAGAUGUAAUGUGGUGCUUAUGUGACGAAUGAUCCGAGUUGGAUGUGUGAUGUGAUAUCUUGAAGAGCGUGUUCUCGGAGAGAGUCGCGCGUACAGACUUGAGGACGUCAGGACGCUCGUGCUGUGCUGCGGCAGGCUGCGAUCGCUGCAUUCGCGGUUGCGCAUUCCAUUAUGCGUUUGGCUUAAGUGCACGGUGCG